GCUCCCGAUGACUUCUGGAACUAACUCGUUUGGCAUUCCACUCCGGCACCAAUGAGUUAACACACGUAAAACACUUUGCAAAUUUUAAUACUGUUGAGUAGUUUCUGACUUUUAGUGACCACAAUGGGGGUUUCAGUUAUUUUUUGGGGGUGAGGCAACUUGUCCGGGGUCCCACAGCUACUAAAUGUUGGGGUAGGAUUUGCACUCGGUUGCCCUGGACUCUGCACACUCUGCGACGGGAUUAAGCCGCCUACAAGGCUGGCUCUCUCGGCAUGCUCCGGCCCCUACGUUUCCAGAGCUUUCUCACUACUAGCUCAAGCUUUGGGCCAAGCUGCUUGCUCUAUAUUCAGUCGCACUCAAGUUGUAAAAAAUGAGGUUACAAGAAUAUAACAGUCCGUGCCUUCGAGGCCUAGACGUUUUACUAGGGGAAACAUGUACAUAGGUAAAUAAUCCCAAGUGAUGGGAUGGGGGGAGGGGAAAGCGGGGAUUCCAGAAGAUCGGGAGAGGUGAAGGGGCACAAGGGGAGGAGGCAGUGUCAGUGGGGGGAGCCCGGCUGGGUUACUUACCGGGCCCCACAAGAGUGUGCCCCUGGCCCUACAGUGCUGCAAUCCGCGGCGGCUUCCCCUCCCUUCGUGUGCCGAGACUUGGGGAAUGGGGACCACACACGAAGCCGCCCCAGCCGAGCUCCCGCAUUCCUCAGCAGGGACCGGGCCCCAACCUCGGCAGAAGGUAACACGUGGGUUGGGCCUCGCAAGGAAUUGUUAUGGCCUCAGAGCUCCCCCAAGCCUGGUCGGGCCCCUCUGCUGGGGGCUGCUCGGCCACCGUCAUGGGGGCGGUGCCGCGCGCAGCCGAGCUAGCCCGAGCGCAGGAGCAACCCCGGAGGGCGGCCGUAGCUCGGUCUUUCCCGCCCAACCGUGAGCACAGCGCCAAGUCUGCCCGCGCACAAGACUUUACGCGCGCGCACGCGCAUCCUCGCGUUUCCCCUCCCCCUCUUGCGUCCCUCCUCUGGGAAAAGAGGUAAAAAAGGUUUAGUCAUCUUGAGCGCCGGCGCGAACUCCACAGCCCCCGGGAUGGGGGCGUUUCAUCUCGCUUAAUAAAGACCCUAGCUUUCGGCUACUUUCGGAAACCAGGACUCGGCUGUUGUUGGCUCAGUUCCUGGACGAGUGGCGGGCGCGCAGGCGCGGGACUCCCUGGUUGAAAGCAGGGGAGCUGGGGCCGGCGCGGUGUCUUGUGGGAGGGCUUAAGAGAGCAAAAUGGCGGACCUGGCGAACGAAGAAAAGCCUGCCAUUGCACCACCUGUCUUUGUGUUUCAGAAGGAUAAAGGACAAAAGUCCUCUGCAGAGCAAAAAGGCUUGUCGGAUUCGGGAGAGGAGCUUCAGGGGAAGGCUGAGUCCCCCCACCAUGGUGUGGGUCACACAGAGUCAGCUGGUGAGCAUGUCUUAGAGCUUUCCACUCCCGCUAGUGCCUCAGCCAGAGCUUCUCCGCCUCCCGCUUCUGAAGCCCAGCCUACUUCUAUUCAACAAGAACUGGCAGGGGACAGAAGCCUUCCAAGUCUACAAUCUCAUGCUGGAUUAGAGGUUACAUCUGAGUCAUAUUCGGCUACAGGGACUAAUCCAUCUCAGAGAAUCUGGCCUCAUUCACCCAGGGCUACGACUGGUUCCUGGGCAGAGAAAGCUCUGACUCCAACAGAAGAAACUUGUAAGAGAUCUGCUGAUGGUUCAAGUCCAGAAGAUGGAGAAGAUUCUGACCGAGAAGAUGGAAAUUACUGUCCUCCUGUAAAACGGGAAAGAACUUCUUCAUUAACUCAAUUUCCUCCAUCACAGUCAGUAUCAAAAAACAAUGUUUUUAUGCCAUCAACCUUCUGUGAACCAUCUGCAGGCAAUUCUGACUCAGAACCAGAGGAAAAGAGCAGUGGAUUCCGACUGAAGCCUCCCACACUUAUCCAUGGUCAGGCACCCAGUGCAGGUCUACCAAGCCAGAAACCUAAGGAACAGCAGCGAAGUGUGCUACGCCCAGCAGUAUUACAAGCUCCCCAGCCAAAGGCACUUACGCAAACAGUUCCUAACAGUGGCACUAAUGGUGUUAAUGUACCUUCAGAAUGUCUAGGAGCAGCUACAUCUGAAUCAAUAAAUAAUAGUGCAUUGAGGAAUCCUUCUGAGUCUGCUGACAAGGAGAAAGAGCCCCAGAAAAAUGAGUCUAGCAAUACUUCCGAGGAUGAGACCUGUGAGAGAAAAAAGCAAAUUGCACAGCAAGCAUUUGUAUUUGGGCAAAACUUGAGGGACAGAGUUAAGCUAGGACAUGAAAAUGCUGAAACAAGUGAAUUACAGAAUGCAGGGCAUUCGAGCUCUGAAACACCAUCUGCAACCAACUAUUUUCUACAAUACAUCAGCUCCAGUUUAGAGAACUCAACAAAUAAUGCUGAUGCCUCCAGCAACAAAUUUGUAUUUGGACAGAACAUGAGUGAAAGAGUGCUGAGUCCACCAAAAUCUAGUGAAUCUAGUAUAGAUGCCAGCAAGGACAAUACUGCUGCUGAAUCUGGCUCAGAAUCCUCCUCCCUAGAAGCCACUCCUGAGAAAGCUAAUAAUGUUUCAGAAUCACUGGCAGAAUCAGCAGCUGCCUACACCAAGGCCACAGCCAGGAAGUGUUUACUAGAAAAGGUGGAAGUGAUCACCGGGGAAGAGGCAGAGAGCAACGUAUUACAGAUCCAGUGCAAGUUGUUUGUGUUUGACAAAACAUCACAGUCUUGGGUGGAAAGAGGCAGAGGACUACUCAGACUUAAUGACAUGGCGUCAACAGAUGAUGGGACGUUACAAUCUCGACUGGUAAUGCGGACCCAGGGGAGCUUGCGGCUUAUCCUCAACACCAAGCUGUGGGCACAGAUGCAGAUUGACAAAGCCAGUGAGAAGAGCAUCCGAAUCACAGCCAUGGACACUGAGGAUCAGGGAGUCAAAGUGUUCCUGAUCUCGGCCAGCUCCAAAGAUACUGGGCAGCUGUAUGCAGCACUGCAUCACCGGAUCUUAGCAUUGCGCAGCAGGAUAGAGCAAGAACAGGAGACCAAGAUCCCAGCUCCAGAGCCUGAAGUGACACAGUCAAAUGAGGAGGACAGCGAUGAUGAUGUUCUGGCUCCUUCUGCAUCCACCGGAGGGGGCACCGGUGAUGAAGGGGAUGGGCAGACAGUCGGGAGCACAUAGCAGCUGGAAGCUCAUCUGCUUGCAAGGCUGCUGCUUGUCCACUCUCCCCCCUUCCCCCGGCAGGCGCCGCGAUCGUUCCAGGCAGUGUUGGCGGCUCCAGGACUUAGGAACCAUGCAUCCCUGUUCUGUUUGUUCGUUUCUUUGGUCUGGAUCAGUAGAUUCCACACAAAGCAGACUCAGAAAACUGCCUGAAUGUGGUUUGGGACAUGAAAGCUCAUCAUAUUGAUGAGCAGAAAAAUAACCUUCCUUUCCCCUCUUUUCAUUGAAAUGGCACAUUGACUUGUCACACACAACCCCUCCUUGGGACCUGAGGAUUCUGUUUCUUCAGUAGCUCAUAUGGCACCGGCCUCUGGAAACUCAUUUUGCAGCCCCGCCCCCCCCCAGGGCUUUAGCCAUAGCUCUUGGGUCUGUCUGUCCUCCUCCCCUUGUUACCAUCUGACUCUUGGAGCCCCUGUCCAACUGCAGGGAAGCAACACCGAGAAAUUUCUGUUCCCUUAAAUCAUCACCCUCAAUCUGCUCCACCUCCCAGGUUUGGGCUCCUUGGAGAAUGGACAGGCUGAGUAUUUUCCAUCUUGUCCAUUUCACCACAAGGGCAGUCUGGCCUGGCUCAGGGCCCCAUUCUUUUUUCCACUGGCCCCUGUUGCCCAGGUCCAAGCCCCCAGGCAGCAUUGAAGGGCCCAGUGGGUGUUUCACUAACUCCUCCUUCUUCUCCUGUGUCCAAUAUUGUUUUGGGGGGGUUUCUAUUGUGCUGAUCCUUUUUUUUUAAAGGUUUCUUUUUUUUUUUUUUUUGGUUGGUAUUGAUUUUUUUUUUUUUUUUUUAGUUUUUAAUAAGAUGCUCUUGUGUGUUGAGAAAGCGAAGCUCUAUUGUUUUGUACUUUUCUGUUACUAUUUAAGGGAGAGCUAAGCCACUCUAUAUAAUAGGUGUUAUAUACCAUUUGCUUAGUCAGUUUUAUUCUGGCCAGGUGCAAGCUCACAGAUAGAUGCCCCUCGGUGACCCAGUAACAACAGCUAGUGGGGAACAUCUGUUAGCCUCCCCAAAACUAACUCCCAAGUUAGUCACUCCUGAAAAUAAUGGGUCUUUGCACCAGUGGAGCCAGUCAUGGAGCUAGGUCUUUGGAGUUGUUUGAAUUUUUUUUUCUCCCCUUCCUUUGAUAUUUUGAUACAAUGAUUCCUUCUUUUCCCUGAUAAUUCCUAUUUGCAUGAACACACCACCGUGAGAGCAGCUGAGGUUAGGACGCUAAAGAGGUGGGGCUCCCUCCCACCUCACCAACCAGAGGGAAAAGGGACUGUUUCUCCAGCUUAGUCUUCCGAUAUGGGCAGGUUAAAGGGUGAGGAAUUGCUCAUCCCUGGCUUGUUCACUUCACCCCAUGCCAUAUCAGGUUCACGUGUCCUUCCAGCCAUAGUGUAAUCCCCAACCCUAUGUCCACUGUGUCAGGGAGAGAACAGCUACCCCAUUGACCAGUAUCGAGAAAGAGUUUGGCUUUCAGGACAUAACCCUGAUUUAUCUCUAGAGUUUAGAGAUAGUUACAUAAGUAAAUCUGUGAUUCCUUUUAACACAACUGGAUUUGACUUGAGCUCUUGGUGUCCACCACAAAUAGGACACUCUUCCUGGUCCUUCCCAUGGUAGUGGGAAGUGAAAUCCUUUCCAUCUAGGAAUUUCUUUUGCUUUUGACUACUUUCAUCCUGGGACUAUUAUUAGCAGUUUCUCUGGGAGGGUUAACAUCCCAGCGGUGCCAUCAGACCUGGGCUGCUGACAAAAUAACUUUGUCAUUAUCUUCUGGACUUCUUUCCUCCCCUUAUGUCUCCCAGUGCUGCCUUGAUAUCAGGACAUUUAAACACAUUUUCAACUUAGUUAAAGUCCCUCUUGGAUGACAAAACUCACAGAUCCAGAGUCCUCAGGCUCUGCAGGUGAGCUUGGUGCUGUUUCCUCACCCUCCCCAACCCAGAUGGUCUCACACUGAUUUGGCCAAAACCCAGAGAGAAGAUGGGACCAGCAAGUCUUGGGUCGUGUUGGAAAGAUCCAGCUGUACUCCCACACAGAUCUCACCCACUGUUGGGGUCAUUCUUCAGAAUUGUCAGCUGCUAAGUUGGAAAGGGCAGCUUUGUGUGAAGGCCUUGCAGAGUUCUUUCUGCACAGCAAAGAGGGACAGAUUCUGCUUUUGCUCAUACAAGAAACUUUUUGCGAAUUUGACCCAGAAUUAUCUUGAAGCCCCAUCCAAUGAGAGACAUAGGCCAGAGCUAAACUUUAUUACACUUCCUGCUUUCAGCCUUAGAAAACUAGUGACAGGUAAAACCAGAUAAUGCCCAUGUGUUUUGGAAGAUUUAUGUAAGAUUGUCAUAUGAAAUGUAUUUGGGAAUUACAUUAAAACUUUUAACAAAAA